AUGUCCGGAUGUUGGAGCAUUUACUCAGAAUACAGACCAAAGAAAGAGAAUGGGGAGGAGAAGGAACAAGGAGAAGAACAAAAUAACAAGCCAAAAGUAAUGGAGCAACAACAUAAUACAGCUGCAGAGCCCAUAACAUCUGAGAAGCAACAGCACAGCAAAGCAACAGAGGGCCUGGACAACAAAGGAAAAAGGAAAAAACAUGAGGAGCAAAAACAACAUGCAACAAAGAAUAAGAAGAACAAAGCAAGUAACAAAAAUUUUCAAGAGGAAGAAGGACAAGGGGAGAAGAGACAGAGCAAUGAUAAAGGCAAUAACACCAAGAAAGCUGAAAAUAACAAGUUCAACACAUUGGAGAAUCUUGAAAAAGAGGAGCAACACAAUUAG